AUGCAGGUGGCAAACAUCGUCACCCUUUACCAGAACAAAAGCGAUCGCAAUGACUGCAACAAUUUUCGCGGCAUCUCCUUUCUCAGCAUUGUAGGAAAGCUGUUUGCACACAUUGUUCUGCAUCGACAACAGAGGCUUGCUCACAAAAUCUACCCGGAAUCACAAUGCUUCCGUUCAAAGAGAUCAACAGCUGAUAUGAUCUUCUCUCUCCGUCAAUUACAAGAAAAGUGCAGAGAACAGAACCAGCCUCUCUAUAUAGCAUUCAUCGACCUAACAAAGGCGUUCGAGCUCGUAAGCAGGGACGGUCUCUUCAAGAUGCUACGCAAAAUUGGCUGUCCACCAAAGCUUCUCAGCAUUAGACAGAACUCUAUAGGAAGGCAAGUGAUGACAGGUGAGCCAGGAGAAAAAACAGCCACCGACACGACAACAUACCACAAGCAUCAGUCUACACAUGCCAGGACUGUCAAAGAGCAUGUACAUCUAGAAUUGGACUCUACAGCUACAGAAGACGAUGCUUAUCCACCAUCUCUCAUGGCACAACUCCAUAGUCGACGAAUAUUUUGA